CUAAAGUGUGACGUCACGUUGCCAUGGCGCUGAAAAAGUCAGUUCUAAACAACUCGGACAAUCUCUUGCGCGUGGGUCACGUAGUGCUUGUCUCUGCUUUGUCUUAUAAUUAAAACGUUUAUUAACCUUGUGUUAUAUUACAAAAGAGGUCAAGAAGAAGAACACAGGGUCAAAAUGUCAAAUACUAUUUGAAAAUUAUCGCUUUUUGUCGGAAGAAAUUUAUCGGAACGAACACAACAGCACAAUGGUGUACUGCUUUGCUCCGACAUGCAGUCAUUCAUCAGAAAGCCACACUUGCAAGUUCUUUGCAUUUCCAAGCGAUAAAAAGGAAAAAGACGAAUACAAGCGAUGGAUCCGUCUGAUAAGGAGGAAAGACAGAGAACCAAGCAAGCAUUCUAGAGUGUGCAGUUGUCAUUUUGUGGAUGGAGAUAAAUUAAAUGGGCCCACAAUUUACGAAAGAAAUCGAGAUAAGAUAUUUCCUGGUGAAGGAGGACCACCAAAGAAAAAGAGAAAAGUAACAGCUAAACAGAAGACGGUGCAGGAAAUGGUGGCUGAGGCAAUCACAACAUCUGAGCAGCAGUCCACUAAUAAUGACACUGAUGAUACCAAACAAGAAAGUUGCAACAAGACAACAAAUGAGAUAAUACUGGAGGCAGAAUUAAAUCAAGCCAGGGAGGAACUUCAGGACCUGCAAGAAAAAGAAAGCUACACACAAAAACACUACUCAGCUUCUGGAUUGAGUGUAGAGGUUCUUAGAAUGGAAACAGGGCUUCCAACAAAAGAAGUUUUUAACAUUGUAGUACUUCAUGCCUUGAGAUUCAAAGAUUUUAUUGUUUAUUAUUCUGGUUGGAAAGUAGAGUCCAUUAAUUUUGAGGACCAGAUUUUCAUUACUUUAAUGAAACUAAGACAAAAUUAUACCAACUUGCACCUUGCCCAGCUUUUCAGUUGCAGUGUUGCAACAAUAGCUAAUAUUGUCACCACUUUUGUCCAUGUUUUGCAUUCCAUAUUAUUUCAUGACAUCAUGACAACCAUUCCGUCCAGGCAAAAAAAUGUGUUAUGUGCACCAUCUUCUUUUUCAGAGUUUACUUCUUGUAGAAUUGUCAUUGAUUGUACCGAUGUGGAGAUCGCAGCCCCGGGGUUAAUGAGUUUGCAAAAUGCCACUUAUUCAAGCUACAGGGGUAUGAACUCAUUUAANUAA